GCAGCUGGCAUGGCUGGGCCUGCGCCUCGGCUGUGUGCGUAGCCCUGCCGAGACCCACCGCCCCCGGCGCGUCCCCUGCGGGGCUGCCGGGCGUGUGCUGCUGUCACGUAGGCUUUUCCCCAGCACACGAGCGGCCACGUCUGCCGCCAGCUGGGUCCCGCAUGGAAGGGAGCUGAGUGUCACUUCGUGGGAGCGUCCUGUCGUCCUGCAGAGGUGCGUCUUGUUAGAGCGGGCUGCACGGACGCGGGCCUCCUCCGCGGCGCCUUCGGGACGUCCCUUGGUCCUCACGCCUGUUUCCGCGGAGGGCUGCCUUCACAGAUACCACCUGAAAAGACCUGCAGUAGUGGGUUCGGAUAACGGCCGCCUCACACGUUGUCCGAUCACCUUUAAAAGAAAGUUAGCGGAAAGCAGGAGCGGGUUGCGCGCUCCUCGUGGGUCGAGCUGUUGGCCGUGUCUCUUCCACAAGACGAAGAGGACAUCCUGGCUCGCUAGGCCGCCGCUCCCAGCGCCUGGACGGGCUUGCAGGUUUCUCUGGCCAGUGUUGCUCCCACCCGUCUACAGCAUGGGAAAUAUCUUCGCAAACCUCUUCAAGGGCCUUUUUGGCAAAAAAGAAAUGCGCAUUCUCAUGGUGGGCCUGGAUGCUGCGGGGAAGACCACCAUCCUGUACAAACUGAAGCUGGGUGAGAUCGUGACCACCAUUCCCACCAUAGGCUUCAACGUGGAGACCGUGGAGUACAAGAACAUCAGCUUCACUGUGUGGGACGUAGGCGGCCAGGACAAGAUCCGACCUCUGUGGCGUCACUACUUCCAGAACACACAAGGUCUCAUCUUCGUGGUGGACAGCAACGACAGAGAGCGCGUGAACGAGGCCCGUGAGGAGCUCAUGAGGAUGCUGGCGGAGGACGAGCUCAGGGAUGCCGUCCUGCUGGUGUUCGCCAACAAGCAGGACCUCCCCAACGCCAUGAAUGCGGCUGAGAUCACGGACAAGCUGGGUCUGCACUCCCUGCGCCACAGGAACUGGUACAUUCAGGCCACCUGUGCCACCAGCGGGGACGGGCUGUAUGAGGGACUGGACUGGCUGUCCAAUCAGCUCCGGAACCAGAAGUGAGCCGUGUUCCCCCCCCCACUCCCUCUUUCCACCCUGCUUUACUCUCAUGUGGUGUGAGUGCCAGAAGCUGUCUCCAUGGUCGGUCACAGUGUGCUUCACCAUGCUGUAAAUGUGCAGACGCAGCCUGCAGCCGGGUUUUUAUUUAAUGUAAAUAGUUUUUGUUCCCAACGAGGCAGUUUCUGGUACUCCUAUGCAAUAUUACUCAGCUUUUUUUAUUGUAAAAAGAGAAUCAACCCACUGUUCAAUACUGAGAAGGGAUGUUAGGCACGCGGGGCCUCUGGGAGUCGCUGUGUCCAACCAGCCUGGUGCGCCUCCUCUGGGCCUUAGAUCUGUGUUGAGAUCCAUUUUGGUGGUUGGUUUUUAACCUGAACUCAGUGCAUUUUUAAAAUCGUUACAAAUACAAGAUAAGGAGAACACGUGAACACACAGAAGGGAGAAACGUGCCUAUUGUCGGUUCUGCAGCGGCGGCCAGAGUCUAGUCCACCAGUGGUCCGUUUCCCGUCGGGAACGUGAGACGGGGCAGAACCAGCCAUGGUCCGUUCUGCAUGGUCACGAUAGGGUCCCUGUGAUUCGCUGUCUCGGGUCAUCCCGCAUCCCCUAGCGUUUGUGCUUGUUCUUGUGCUCACACAGCCGCCCAGGAGACAGGCUGGGGGCUGUGGCCACAGCUCACGGACGCUCACGGACCCCUCAGAGGGACCCCGGCCUUCCCUUGGGUCCGUGUGGCAUCUGGCUUGCUCCGGGCUGCCUGGGGUCUCACCAGCAGGAGUGCGGGCGGGCGGGCGGGCCAGUCACCCUAGAGCCUCAGCCCCCGGAGCCCCUGUCUACAUGUGCUUUCACUCCCUCAGCCUGCAAGGGUCGGAUUUGCCAUCGAAACGACGACCUCUACUGUUUUCUUUUGUAUUUUGAUAAACACUGAAGAAGCUGGAGCUGUUAGACUUUAUCUUGGGGAAAUCCUCAGAACUGGUUUAUUUGGUGUCGUGGAACCUCUUACUGCUUUCAAUACACGAUUAGUAAUCAA